AUGAGUCGAAAACAUUUCAAUUACGACAUGUUGGUGAAAGUUCUACUUGUAGGCGACGCGAGUGUUGGCAAGUCAGAUAUCCUUCUGAGAUUCAGCGAUGAGAACUACACUCCGUCUUAUAUUCCGACGAUUGGUAUUGAUUUCAAGAUAGUCAAGCUUGAGAUCAAUGGAAAGAUCAUUAAGCUCCAGAUUUGGGAUACUGCCGGCCAAGAGAGAUUCCGUACCAUAACAACAGCUUACUACAGAGGAGCAAUGGGUAUCCUGCUGGUGUACGAUGUGACAGACGAAAGAUCGUUUCAGAAUAUCCUAACCUGGAAUGCGAACAUAGGGGAGCACGCCGUUGAAGGUAUCAACAAGAUUCUGAUUGGAAACAACUCUGAUUUGGUCGAAUCACGAGUAGUGUCACCUGAGCGUGGCCAAGCACUCGCAUAUAAGAUAGGAGCUCCUUUCCUUGAGGUAUCGUCAAAGUUGAAUAGCAAUAUCGACCAGGCCUUUCACAACCUCAUUGCCGACAUAAUGAAGCGCCUCGCUGCUGAACGACCGAAUCAGCUAGCACAACAUGAGGAUAAACAAACCCAUCAAUCGAUUAAAGAAGGGUGGUGGAAGCCUUCAAAAUGGCAUUGGAAGUGA